GUCGCUGACUUCACGCACCUCAAAUGGACAGUGCAGUAACUAACCCGUCUGUUUGGGAUACACAUAAAGUAUAUAAACACCAUGAGCAACAAAAUGUUGCUCAAACACGGCUUAAGUACAGAGAGGGAAGACGCCACAAAGCAGUUAAGGUUUAUACAGUCAACUUGGAGUCACGGUUCCUGUUAGUGCAAGGAGUGCAUGCCAUAGGAGUGAUGACAGAGCUGGUGCAGCUCUUUGCUCUCUAUGGAGUGAUAGAGGAAUACAGAGUACUUGAUGAGUAUCCAGCAGAGCAAUUCACUGAAGUCUACUUAUUCAAAUUCCAAAAGUUUACAAGUGCAAGGGCAGCUAAACGACAUACGGAUGAAAAGAGCUUCUUUGGGGGACAACUGCAUGUCUGUUAUGCACCCGAGUAUGAAACUGUGGAAGAGACGAGGCAGAAGUUACAGGAUAGGAGGAGAUUCGUUAACAGAGUGAGCCAAAAAUCAUCAAAACAAAAUGAUCAGCAACAAAAUGAGAGUGCAGAGCUUCCAAGGACAGACACACCAGCAGCUUCUGCACCCAAGUUCCAGAAAGACUAUGAAAAACCCAAAGGGGAAAAUGUAAACUCCAACUAUUUGGGAUUUCCCUUGCUGCCUUUGCCACCUAGGGAGGAUCUUCCUCAUAAACAUCCAUUACAAUUGCAGAGGACAACUGAAAGGACAUUACCUAUAGAGGAUAAUAUGGGCUCUCUGCACCAUUUCAGCCUUCCUGUAACAGACACUGCAAAACAGAUUACACCCUGCUCAUCUUCAAGCAUUUUUCAAGGCAGAGAUUUAAGCCAAAAGCAUAAGAACCUGCAACCAUCUAUUAGAUUUAUGCCAAGGACUACACAUUUAGAAAACAGAAAAAGAAAAUUAGAAGAACAAACAUUAUUUUUGACUGAUGUGGACAAAAAUGAGCCAAUGAUUGGUCCAAAACUACCAGAACUGCCCAAAGUGGACAUGGAGGAUAAUUCGUUAAAUUUAACUGCCAAUUUAAUCCGUCAAACAAUGACAAAGGUUGCAUCUGUACCAGAGAUAAAACCUAUACAAGGGAAGACCACUACUGCAAAGCCACGCAGAAGAAUUUAAUAAAAAUAUUCUGAUUUCCUCUGCAACUCAUUAUAUAGUCUUACAUGGACUAGUAUGUUGAAAAUGUAUUUCAGUUUCAGACACAAUGUUUGACAAAUCAUUUCUAUUUCAUGUAUAAUUCAAUUAUGCAUUUCAGUGUCCAUGUGG